CUCCCACCACACACAAUGUCGGCACUGGUAGACCACAGGACCUACCUCUCCGACGUCCUAGCGCGGCAGGCAGAGCGGCGGCGUCUCGCAGACCCAGGGCACGCGUACGCGCCGCAGCCUGUGCUCGCAUACGCCGCCGCCCAGCCGGCCGCGGGGCCAAGCAACACGUCCAAGGGCAAGACCAAGGCCAACGUUGUCAACUACAUCAGCGCCGAGGAGGCGGUGCGCAACGACUAUGCGGCGUGGUACGGCGUGUCGGGCGAGUAUCCGACCAACCAUGUGCUGGGAGCGGGCGACGACGAGAUCUGCGACGAGUUUCCAGCGCUCCGCCGCCUGAUGGACCUCAAAGCCGAGCACGUCAACAGCGUGUCCCACCCCGCCUUGCUCGCGCCUCUGCCCUCCCCCUCGCCCUCAAUAAUCCAGUCAACUCUCGCCCCGCACCGCUUCGACGUGGUCCUCAUCCACCGGCAGGCGAGCUGGGCCGAGACGGCCGCGCUGCCGAUCCGCCAGCUGUCCGCCGACCCGGGGUUCGUGUUCCUCUGGGUCGGGCGCGGGGACAGCGACGGGCUCGAGCGCGGGCGCGAGUGUCUCGCCAAGUGGGGGUUCCGCCGCGCCGAGGACAUCGUGUGGGUCAAGACGAAUAAGGGCGGUGGCGACGGGCCGGCCGACGGCAAGGGCCUGUUUGCCAGCCAGAAGGAGCACUGUCUCAUGGGGAUCCGCGGGACGGUGCGGCGCAGUACCGACUCGAGGUUUCUGCACUGUAAUGUCGACACGGACGUGAUUGUCUGGGAGGGCGACGACAGCGCCCCGCACACCCCGCCAUACCUGUACACGCUCAUCGAGAACUUCUGCCUCGGCGCGCGCCGACUCGAGCUGUUCGGGGACGCGAGCCGCGCCCGCCGCGGGUGGGUGACGGCCGCCGUGUCACCGCAGCUGGAGGGGGUCGCGGCGUUCGACGCGCAGAGCUACCCGCACUUCCUGCCGUCCAAGGACGAGGGCAAGCCCGUGGUGCCGUUCCACGCCGAGAUCGACGCGCUGCGCCCGAAGAGUCCGCAGCGGCGGGUGCGCGGCGGUCCAGGUGGCCCUGGUGGCGGCGGCGGCGGGGGAGCGCGCCACCAUAACCAGCACAACAACGCGCACCACUCGCCGUCGCCGCAGCCGCCGUUCCGCCCCGGCUCGGCGGGCGUGAUGCGCAUGGGCGCCCUCACGCCAGCGUACCCCCAGCAACAGCAACAGAUGGGCGUCGGCGUCAUGCCCGGCGGCGGCAUGAUGGUGCCCCCGCAGAUGAUGGGGCAGAUGAUGAUGGGCGGCAUGGGCAUGGGCGGCAUGGGCGGCAUGGGCCAGAUGCCCAUGGGCAUGGCUAUGCCGCAUGCCAUGGGCGGCCUCGGCGUCAUGGGUAUGGGCGGCAUGGCGUGGCCCGCCGGCAUGAUGAUGGGCGGUAUGGGCGGCAUGGGCGGCAUGCCGGGCAUGGUGCCCAACAUGGGCAUGGGCAUGGGCAUGAUGGUACCCCCCGGCAUGGGCAUGGGCGGCGGCCUCUCACCGCAGCACCAGCAUGGCGGGCUCAGCCCCGCGCCCGAGGACGGAGGAGACUGGUCACACCACCAACACCACCAGCACCACAUGGGCCAGCUCGCCCUCGGCAUGGGCAAUAUGGGCGUUGGCGGCCAGUGGGCGCAGCAGCAGCAGGGACAGAACGAGCACGGCCAGUGGCAGUAG